AUGACGUGUUAUUUCUAAAGAGACCAACUGAAUGUUUACUCACUUCUACUUUGCUUUCUUUAGAAUUGGUGCUUCAAGUCAGUCACAGGUACAUCAGUUCAGAGAGAACGUGUGACCUGCUUCAUUUCCCAGGCAACACUUUCUUUAACCAAAUUCUGUCAGACUUCAUUCCAAUUUCACAGAUGAAGCACCUAUUCAACAUUUUCCUGGUAAGAAAUAUCCCUUUAUAAGCUACCCAAGCAAUUCACUUUGAACGAACUUUUCGCAGAGGUGGUGAAUAUGAGUAAUGAAGAUGAAUCACAGAAGGAAGAAACUAUGGUGCAGGUGAUAGACGAAUUAAAAAGAGAGGAAAAGCAGAUAUCACAGGAGUUGAAAGAACUGAAGGAAUUGGAAAAACAGAUGAAUCGAGAUCUAAAGGUAAGUAUGAGCGAGAUAGAAGAGUUGGACAUACCUGAGCUAAAGGAACUGGAAACGCUGGAGAUAAAUGAGCUGAAAGAACCUGAAGAUUUGACGAUAUCUGAAUUGAAUGAUCUGGAAGAACUGGAAGAAAUGGAGAUACCUGAGCUGAAGGAACUUGAAGAUUUAGAGGAGAUGAAGGAACUAGAUCUCGAAAUACCGGAGCUAAGCGAGCUCGGAGAUCUGGAGGUAAAUGAGUUGAAAGAUCUGGAUGAUCUGGAGAUACCUGAGCUGAAAGAACUGGAAGAACUCGAGAUACCUGAGCUGAAAGAACUCGAGAUACCUGAGCUAAAAGAACUCGAGAUACCUGAACUGAAAGAACUGGAAGACCUGAAGAUAAUGGAUGACACCGAACUGAAUAAAGAGAUAGAGGACUUGGAGUGUUUGAAGAAUUGGCGGCUCCACUGUUGAAAAAGAAAUGUAAAAUCUGUUUAAGUUUGCAAUGGCAGUGUUAAAGUAAGAUCUUUGGUUUCAUCCAAAGAUUGGUUUCGUCAGAAAAUAUAAUUCGGAAUGUGAAAGUAUAUUCAUAGUUCAAGAUGUAUUUCAGUAGAUAUAAAAGUUAUAAAUAUUAUAUAUAUUUGCGCAUAA